CGCGGGAGGCCGCUGUACUCCGCUCUCACAGCUCUAGUCCGCUCUCGGCGCAGUCAACUUUAAUAUGUUACUCGUUAAUGAAUUAUUAGUGCAAAGAUAGUGAUGAUGGAUGUAUAGUUUAUUUCGUUUCGACGUGUUGAACUUCUGCAGUUGUGAUUAUGAGAUGUGAUUAAUUAGUUUUUCUGAUGGUGUUGGGUGAUGCGUGGUCGCGGCGGUCGCUGCAGACGGCAGUGCUGUGUCUGCUGGUGGGGAGCCUAGCGCCGGAGCGGCUGGAACCGUGCGCCAGCAGCCCGCUGUGCUCCUGCCGCACCGCGCACAUGUCCUGCACCGCGGUGCCGCUGCAUAGGUUCCCAGAAUGGCCGCGCAUGGAGCUGCAGCACUUGGACAUAAGCAUGUCGAACCUGGAGGUUGUGUCGGAGAGCGCGCUGGACGGCCUCAGCCUGCAGACGCUGGUGCUGGUCGCCAACCGCCUGCAUUACAUCGAGAUGCAUGCGUUCAGUUCCAUGUCCAACACCCUGGCGUCCCUGGAUCUCGGCUACAAUGAGUUCACCGCAAUACCUGAGCAGGGGCUGAGGGAUCUCAAAGUGCUCAACUGGCUUAAUUUACAGAACAAUUACAUAUCAGAGAUAUACCCUGAAACACGCUGGCACCAUAUGGAGGACACGCUAACCAGUUUAACUCUGAGCAACAAUCAAAUAAAUCAACUGAGAUCGAACGCUCUGACGUCACUUAGCCAUCUGCUGCAAUUGGAUUUGGAAGGAAACAGCAUCCGAAGCAUAAGCGUGGACUCCCUACCACCCUCCCUCACCGUACUCAAGUUAUCCAAUAAUUUCCUACACAAACUCUCCUGUGAUCUAAUAUUUAACCUUCCUAGGCUACAAGUUUUACAUAUACGUCAUAAUCUAAUCACGUUCGAGUCGAACGCGACCGACUCGACCGACAAGAGCAAAAAGUUAGAGAAACUAGAUUUAAGUAACAAUAAAAUAAACGACACCUCAGACAUACUCAUAUUCCGCGAGGUCCAAAUUAGACAAAUUAUACUAGACCUAAAUGAUCUCACAGUCGUCCCUAGGUUAUUGUACACUAACAAUAGAGUAGAGAGGCUAUCUAUUUCCUAUAAUAAACUCAGCUCAAUUUACAAAGAAGUGUUUAUCACACUAAAGAAUUCGCUGGAGCAUCUCGAAAUCGAACACAACAAGUUAUCUCACUUGCCCGACAGUUUAGCGCAGGUCAAUCGCCUGCGACAUUUGUCUCUGGCUCACAACUUGCUGGAGGAGGCGCCCGCCCUCCCGAGCCGUAUUCAAACCCUCUCGCUCGCCGGCAACUUUUUAACUUCGGUGCCCUCCGCACUCCAGGCGCUCGAGCCCGGUUCGAUUCGUUAUCUUGACUUAAGUUACAACAGAAUAUCCAUUUUGCUUCCAAAUGAAUUCCGAGACUGGUCCACUUCUCUCGGCACUAUCAAUUUAAAAGGCAACAGGAUUUCUCAGAUUUAUAAGAACGUUUUCCCAGUCACUAUGCCCGUAAAGGAGAUUAAUUUGAGUUUCAACGAUUUGUACUACGUUCAUCCUCAAUCUUUUUCCAAUUUGACGGGGUCGUUGCACGUAUUGGAAUUGUCUUCGACGCUUUUUAGUGGCUACUUCCCCUUCGAAAUAGACGAUAGCUUGGAGAAUCUGAGUUGGUUGUCGUUCGAUAACAACGAUUUCCAUAUAUUGCGGUUGUCCGAGAUUCUAUCGUUUCCUAAUUUAAAAUAUUUGAAUUUAGACUACAAUCGUAUAGUCGAUAUCGUGAUCGACGACGACGGCAACAAUGCGUCUUUAUCUCUCAGUAAUUUUAGAAUGUCGUAUAAUUUUCUAAGUUUUCUUCCGACUAGAACGUUCGCGUAUAUGCCAGAGUUGAGAAACUUAGAUUUAUCUUAUAACCGUAUCGGUAACUUGACUAAGAAUAGCUUCGCCAACUUAUCCAAUUUGAGAUAUUUAUCUUUAGCGGGUAAUAUAAUUGACUCUAUAGAAAGGGAGGCAUUUUCGAACCUACCGAAACUAGAGAUAUUAGAACUCCAAAGUAACAACUUGACUAGUUUAUCUCUCGAUUCUUUUUAUAAUAUUUCUAAUCAAUUUAUUAUUUUCACCCUAAAUAUAAGUAGAAAUAACAUUAGAACCAUCGAGGGCGAGGUGAGAUUUUCUAUCAACAUAUUCGACGGUUCGAAAAACGAUUUCCAUGAAGUGCCAAGCGUUUUAUUCGUCGGAAUCAAAUCCUGGAUAAGACAGAUUAUCUUGUCUCAUAAUAAAAUAAGUCACAUUUCCAACGAAGCGUUCGGUCAAUCAGUUUAUUUAGAAAUAUUGGAUUUACACAAGAACAAAAUUAAUAUCAUAAAACGAAAAUCUUUUACCGAUCUCGUCGCUCUCCAAAUCCUCGACUUGUCUUUUAACUCGAUAUACCAGCUCUCGGUGGAGCAAUUCUCGAAUUUGCGCAAACUGAGAUACUUAAAAAUAGACCAUAAUAAUCUAAAGCUUCUGCCCCGGGACGUAUUUAAGAACACGGUCAUCGAGCACUUGGAUUUGAGCUUCAACGAAAUAUCAUUAUUUCCCGUGACUGCGCUCUCGCAAAUCGGCUUUACCCUGCGCCAUCUCGACGUCUCUCACAAUCGCAUAGAGUACCUCGACAGUAGUAUAUUCCGGAACACGCAGUUCCUCUCCAGUGUUAACGUCGGCAAUAAUUUAUUGACCGUCCUCUCCGAUAACACGUUCUCGAGUCUCGGCGGUCUGCGGCGACUCGAUCUCAGCUUCAACUCCAUAAAGGCGAACUUCAAGGAGCUCUUCCACAACCUCCCCAACUUGAGGCAUCUGAAUCUCGCGAAUAUAGGUUUAAAGUCGGUGCCUUAUCUGCCUUUGACGAACUUGACGAGCCUCAAUCUGACUCAGAACUACAUUAGCAGCUUCAAGGAGACCGACGUCAGACGACUGAGUAACCUUCGCCACUUAGACCUAAGCCACAAUCGACUUACCUCCAUAGUGCCAAAGAUGUGGAUACACCUGCAGAACUUGAACAGUCUGGACGUAUCCUACAAUCCUAUAAUAAGACUAACGCCCAGCAGCUUCAAAUGGUUGAGCAACUUAUCGCAUAUGAACCUGAACGGUCUAAGAUAUUUAGAUAUCGUAGACCAGGAUACUUUCCGUCCCCUGCUCUCCCUUCGCUCCCUUCACUUGCAAACGUGGUCCACGAUAAAUCAUUCAACCUUUCGUUUAGCAAACAUUACGUGCUCCCUGCCAUCGCUUCAUAAAUUAUUGAUUCACUGGACGGACGAGGCUCUGGACGACCAGCUCCAUGGGAUCGACGCGACGAAGAUAAGAUACGUGGAGAUAAAGGGGGCUAAUUUGAAGAGAAUAGCGGAAGACGCGUUUGAGCCAUUCGCUUCGAAUCAGGAGAUAUUCAUUAGAAUCAGCGAGACGUCGAUAAGCCGGCUGCCGACGACGUUCAUGAAGCAUCUCUCGCGGGUCCCACAGCUGGGCGUGGACCUCAGCUACAAUCAAAUCACGCGCCUCGACCCCGCCAUCUUUUACCCCAACUUCACGAGUUGGAGUCACGUCGCGACCAAGUUACUUUCAGGUGGCUUGAUCCUGACGGGGAAUCCUUUGAGAUGCGAGUGCGAGCUCGCCUGGCUGGGGGCGUGGCUUCGACGGUGGCUGCAAGAGAACGAGGCGGGCGGGGAGCUGCGCCGAGCUGUCAGGGCUGCCACCUGCAAGGACCAGCUCGGCCGCCGGAUCCCGCUGUUGCAGCUUCGAGCUGAUGAGGCGGAAUGCCACGCCAGCGCCCUCUCCAGCGACGCUCAGCCGAAAUACACGAGCUACAUCUACAUACUGACUCUCACCACCUACACCCUCCUAAUUAGAUGAUAAAAAUGUGUAGUAGUACCUGGGGAUUUUACGCUCGUUCGGAUCUCGAAUCACUUUUUAGUUUUAGGUUUUAGUGGAGACGACGACGCGAUCUAUCGAAAAAAUUAGUUCUUGGUGGACCUACAUUAUUUGGCAGACUUAUAUCAAUAUUUAACAUAAUCUAUCGGCCGUGACGUAGCUCGACAAAAUUACGUAUGUUGCGCCUAUGCACCAAUUUCUUCGAUAGGUGAUCCCUGUAGUUUAGUCAGUUGCAAUAACGCAAGUUGUGAGCAUCUCUUAACGCGAUGGACCUGUAUAGAAACUUAAUAAGUAUACUUUUUCCAUUACCUUUUUAUAUUUUCGAUAAAAUCAAGCGUAGGAUGAAACAGUCCGAUGGAAUUACUCGCGCCGGCAAACUGCGAAGCUGAUUGGAUGUCCUGGACUGAGUUUUAAUACGCUUUUUAUAUUUACAAACAGCUGUGUCCAUAAAAUUGCAUUAUAAUUUGUAGGAUAAAAACUUCAAUAGCAUUUACUCGAUUCGCUGUAAUGAAAAUUUCAGAAAAAAAACUAUAACGAACAUCGAUGUAUUUUUAACUUGAAAAAUGUAUAUUGUUG